CGCGUGAGCGCGUGCGGCGUUGCAUCGCGCUGGGAGGCGGCACGUGGCGCCGCGCCCCGUAACGCGCAGGGAGCAGCGGCGGUGUCCGCGGCGGGGGCACGGCGGGGCGAGCCGGCGCGUCGUGUGGGAGAAGAAUGUUAACCACAUGUCCUUAGCAGCGUAUUCUGCUUUCUGAUCACUUUCAUUAAAGAAAAAUCCCCAUUUGAGAGAGAAAGGAAGACUGUGAAAAUACAGAACAUCACACCCUGUCUUAAAAAAGACAAGAAAAAAGCAGGCAAGUUCCAGCCUUUCAAGAAGUUAUUUGGCAAACGGAAGAAAAGGGAGCCUGUGUCAGAUUGCGAGGAAGCCAAACUGAAGCCGAGCCACUCCUUUGGGAACAUCUGCAAUGGUACCUUCUCCUCUGAUGAAGAGCCAAACACUGAGCUGAGGUCUUCACAUUAUUCGAUGGGCAGUCGAGCUUUUUCCCAUGACAGUAUUUUUAUACUUGAUGGGAGAACAGAGAGUGAACAGACCAUCCAAGCAAUGUCACAGGAGAACGUUUUAGGAAAAGUCAAAACUCUUCAGCAACAGUUGGCCAAGAAUAUAAAAUUUGGGCAGCCUCCGCAAAUGACGAUUUCUGGGAGGACAAUGGGGGAGGCAAAUGCUAGUGUAGAAGAGGAUGUGUUUCUCGGUAGCUUCAUGGAGAUUGACUCUCAGCAGGACAUGGUGCUCUCAGAGAGUGGCAAUAAAUCAGCUGACACUCCAGAUCUAUUGAGACCAAUGAAUUUGCCUGGAAUAGGACAUGAAGUGGAAGAAAAGGUAACUCCAGUCAAGUCAUCCCGGCCAAAAAGACAAUUUUCCUGUUCUGGCACAAUUGAAACAAUCAAUCUGGAUGCAGUUCCCCAGGCCGUUGCUCGUCUAGACAACAGUGCAGCUAAACACAAGCUGUCCGUAAAGCCAAAAAAGCAGAGAAUGUCCAGAAAGCACAAGAGAUUAACAAAGGGAUCACAAAGUUUAACGAUAACAGAAUUUGAGCCAGAGGAUCUAGAAACUGAGCUGUUUGUAGACAGAUACCCAGGUUUUAAUGGACACAUCGCUGCAGACAAGCUAAUCCAGAAAAGAGAUGAGCCAAAGCAGCUUCACCUGGCAGAGGAGAAAAGAAUUGAAGAUCACUGGGGGAUCCUUGAAGCCGAAAAGAUAAGGCAGAUUGUAGAAAUGGAAGAACAAAGAGAACUGGAAGAACAAAGGUGCCAAGAGCUGGAGGAGCAGAUGCAAAAAGAGCAAGAGAGAAGGGACAGUGAAAAAGAGAGUAGUCAGUAUCUCCUUGAAGGAGAGAUAUCUUUGAAAAUCGAAGUGCAAACAUGCCAGGACGAGGACAGCAGACUGCUGGAGGCAGAGAAGAUGCAAGAGCUGGAGGACCAGACAUGCCAGGAACUGGAAGAGCAGGAACAGAAGGAGCUGGAGGAGCAACAGAGACAAGAGCUGGAGCAGCAGAAAUGUGAGGAACAGAACGAGCAACAGAGACAGGAAGUGGAGGAACAGAAGCACCAGGAAUGGGACGAACAGCAGAGACAGGAGAUGGAGGAACAGAAGUGUCAGGAACACAGACAAGAGCUAGAGAAGCAGAAGCACUGGGAACAGGAGGAGCAACAAAGACAAGAGCUGGAGGAGCAGAAACGCCAGGAACAGGAACAACAGAAACAGAAGCUGGAGGAGCAGAAGCACUGGGAACUGGAAGAGCAGAAGAGGCAAGAGCCAGAGGAGCAGGAACACCAGGAAUGGGAAGAGCAGAGGCGCAAGGAGCUCGAGGAGCAACAGAGAAAAGAGCUGGAGGAGCAGGAGAGGCUAGAGCUGGAAGAACUGAGGCAACAUGAGACUGAGAAACGGUGUCAGGAGGAAGAGGAAGGAAACCGGCUGGAGGAACAAAAAGAACUAGUGGAACAAAAUAAGGAAGAAAAACAGAGACGAGAGCUAGAGGAGAAAGAGCUUCCAGAAGCUGAAAUAAAACUGAAGCAGGAGAAAGAGGUUGAGAGCCCCAACCAACAGAAGAAAGAGGAGGAAGAAAGACAGCAUUUGAAGGAGAAAGAAAAGACAGAGGAAGAGCAACCCCAGCAGCUACUGGAGAAGAAACAGAAACGGGAAGAGCCGAGAAAACAUAAGCUCACAAAACAAAUGCACUUGGAAAGUACAGACAUUGUACAAGAUGAACUGAAGCAGCAAAAGGAACAAGAGUGGAACAAACUGGAAGAGCAGAAAAUAGGCCCAGAAGGACAACAUCUUCAUCGAAAGCAACGAGAAAAAUCCUUGGAGCAGCAAAAGGACAAGAAUGAGCUGUGUUCUGGGGGGGCUGAUAGGAAUCCAGCAGAUGACAAGCUCCAGGAGAGAUCAAGACCCCAAAAAGUCAAACAGUCUGAAAAAGGGAAUAAAACAGCAGAAGAUAUCCUAGCCCAGAAACUGAAGAGAGAAGUUGAUGCUCAAGAACAAAAGCGAAUCGGGGAAGAACUUAGGUGGCAGGAGGUAGAUGAAAGACAAACUGCAUCCAGACCCUUCACAUUUCAAGUAUCUUCUGGAGAUAAACAGAUCAUAUUUCAGAAAGUAAAUCUCAGUCCAGUCAUGCCUGCCAAAGGAGCAGGAGGACUCUCUUCUCCAUCCAUCCAAGACAGCAGGAUGCACACCUCCAGCAAGAGCUCUCAUACACUCCCAUCAUCUGUGUGUGUUCCCCAUACAGCUAUUCUGGUUACUGGAGCACAGCUGUGUGGCACAGCAGUUAACUUGAACCAGAUAAAGGACACGGCUUGUAAAUCAUUGCUGGGCUUAACAGAAGAGAAAAAAAAUGUGGAUAUUCCUUCACCAGAGAAGGCUCAGAAAAAAUCCCCGGGUCCCAAACCCAGCAAUAGUAAAAUGAAAUACGCACAAGAGACACUGGACCAAGCCACAUUAGCUGAGUGGGCCUCUAUCCGUUCUAGAAUCUUAAAGAAUAAAGAAAAUGGCAAAUACAAUGAGAAAGACAGAGUAAGCAUCUGCAGACACAGUGAUGACUGGACGCCCCGAGGACGAGGUUCUCCCCACGGUAACUUGAGGAAAACCCUAUCUGCAAAUGCAAAGUUCUCGAUAACACCAGCAUGGCAGAAAUUUUCAGAAGCUUCUAAAACUAAUUCAGGCACUGAGAAUGUAAGUGCAGCAAAAGGCAAUGAAAAAGCGGCUGUGGGAAGAAACAUUGCCUCGUCCACUGUUUCGAAUGAGGAUGUAGUAUCUGCUUUUAAGGAUGACUUAUCUGAAACGGCUAAAGAGAAAACAGAAACCCACGGUGAAAUUACAGACAAUACAGAAGGUUGUAAAUUUGCAAAAGAUCUUCCAUCUUUCCUCGUUCCGAGUUUCCCUCAUUCUCCCGGUAAAGAAUUACCCCAAUCAGAACUUCCAGGUGGUCUGGAAAAUCCGCAGAACAACAGUACAAAAAAGCCAGAUAAACCAGCAACAAGUGGAGAAGAAAAUGUUUCUCCUUUUGGGAUAAAGUUACGGAGGACAAACUAUUCUUUACGUUUCCAUUAUGAUCAACAGGCAGAGCAGAGGAAAAAGAAAAGAUACAGUGCGGGAGACAGUUUUGAUGGUGUGCCUGACCCACUACUCACGACAGAAGGUGAAAAGGAAUCUGCUGUUUUUGCUCCGCAAGAGAGUACAUCCCCUGGAACGGGGAAAACAAAUGUCCAUGGGAAUUUAAAAGACUCAAAACAUUCUUCAGUCAUUGUGUUGGAGAUUUCACAAACAGUGGGCACACCGCUGCCAGCCACCAGCCAGAAUGCUUUACCUCCUCAUGAGAAACCAGCAUGCAAGUUGCUGGUCUCACAGAAACCUGCUUUAGCUCCAAAGCCUGCCAGCCAGACGCCUCCACCAUCUCCUCUCUCGAAAAUGAACCGGUCAAACCUGGCUGAUGCACUGGGGCAGAGGUUUGCUAAGGCUGAAUCAGACGGUAGCUGGAGAAAAGAUGACAGAGCAGCGCCUCCUGUGGCACUGAACGAGAGCAAAAACGAAGAGGAAGAAAUCAGAGAAAAGAAGUCAUUUUUCCCAUCUCUAAGUAUUCCCUGGAGAGAAAAAAAUGAGAAAAAGCCUGAGCCAUUGAAGAAAGAAAAACCAGUCCUCCAAAGCAGACACUCUUUAGAUGGCUCUAAAUUGAUGGAAAAAGUUGAAACUUCACAACCGCUGUGGAUUACAUUAGCACUGCAAAAGCAGAAGGGAUUUCGUGAGCAGCAAGCUACUAGGGAAGAGAGGAGACAAGCCAGAGAGGCCAAGCAAGCAGAGAAGCUGGCUAAAGAAAACGCUGCUGUAAGUAAUCAGUCAGAUACUAAAAGCAGCAACAGCAAAACGAGUGCAGUGCAGAAAUCUACACCUCAAGAAGGGGAUAAGAAAAUUGAGACGGCUGUGUCAAGACUAGAACGAAGGGAGCAGCUGAAGAAGUCUAACACCCUUCCAACUUCUGUGACAGUGGAAAUCUCAGAUUCUGUUCCACCACCAUCUCUGGCAAAAGAGGUGGCCAAGAGAUUCUCCACACCUGAUGCUAACCCCGUGUCAACAGAACCAGCCUGGCUUGCACUAGCCAAGAGGAAAGCAAAAGCCUGGAGUGACUGUCCACAGAUCAUAAAGUAAACUGCAAAAUCACAUCUCUGUUGCUGCCUAUUAACUGCUUUCUUUUUAUUUAUGCAGCUUUUAAACACAUGACAAAACUCAAAAUGCAUGUAUUGGAGGACUGGAAACUGAACCAAUUACCAUUUUGCUCUAGCUCACUGCAAAGCCUAUUCAAGUCAUAUAUUCCAUUGCUUUGACAAAUAGCUAAGUGAAGACACAACAGAUUUCAGAGCCAGUCUCUCUCAAAAAUUCAAGAACGUGCUGAUAGUGGAUGUAAAUUUUAGCCAGUAUCAUAACAAGGGGCAGAAUUUCAGAAGCUCCUUAAAUUCUCUUGAAUUUGGUUCUGGAAUUUUAGAUCUCUACAGCUGAGAUCUCAGAAAAGUUUUUCAACAGUCCAUUGUUGAAAAUUAAUGCAAGAUGCAUGUUCCCUUCUCUUACUUCUAAAUUUUCUUAAGUGUUAAACUGUAUGAACUGUCAGUAGUUCUACCUGCUAUUUAAAAGCGUCUCACUUAAUGAAGAACGUUGGUAGACUUUCCACCUGCAAAUGAUAAAUAAGAAGGUGGUACCAUUCAAAUGCUGAGGUAAUUUUUUUUAUCAUAGGAUUAUUGUGUUAUGUCUAUAUUCCCUCAGUCCUAGGAAGAAAACGAUUCGUCCAACUUCACAAAAAAUUACUAGUUAAACCGAAGUCAGGAAGUUUUCAGAAAGAAGCCUCUACUCUGCAACUACCUGAAAGGAGGUGGCAGCAAGGAAUGUCACUCUCUUUCUCAGGUGACAAGUGGUAGGACGUGACAAAGCAGUCUCAAGGUGUGCUGGGGAGGCUUAGCUUGGAUUUUAGGAAGAAUUUUGUCAUAGAAUGGGCUGUCCUGGGAAGCGGUGGAGUUGCCAUUGCUGGAGCCAUUUAAGAGACGUGUGGACAUGGCAGUAAGUGACAUGGCUUGGUGAUGGGCCUUGGUAGGUCGUGUUAAUGGUUGGACUUCAUGGUGUUGAAAGUCGUUUCCAACCGAGGUGAUUCCGUAAGCUAGGGAGUCAGUAUUUAUUGUAGCCAUUUAAGUGCAUCGCUGUGCGCUUGGCCACAUUUAAGAUGCAGAGAGACAGCAAUUGCAGAUUAAAACUUUCAAAUCAUGUGACUGGCACUGAAGUAAGUAAAACUAUUCCUGUGCUCCUGUACUUACAGAGUUGGUCUCAGGAAGUUCCCACAGGAGCAAGACUGCAUAACUGAAGUUAACUGGUUUUACUUCAUGUGCAACUUUGGGUAUUUCAGGUACAUUCCUGUACUUUGACCAAUACAGACAGCACACUCUGAA